AUGGCGUACUACGCGUGCAACAACAUCGAACGUGGCAAGUUUGACUUGCUGAACACACCGGAUAUCGAUAUGCAAAAUUGUUGCGAAUCCCUGUUCGAAUUAUUCAAAGUCGACAAAAACCAAGACGAGCGCAACGAUAGGCAGACAAUGUUCAGUCGGUCUCGGUUCGACAUUAAUGACGAUAUGUUUAAACACAUAUGCGAGAAAGCAGCGUUCAACGAGCACAUCGAUUGCUUGAUACUAGCACACGAGAUUGGCGUCCCUUGGGACACCGUGCCUGGAUGGACCGGUUUCAGAGGUAAGCAGCGCAGCGUCAACGGUCACCUGGAGUGCCUCACUUACGCACGGGAAAACCAGUGCCUCUGGGACAAACGUACGUCCAUAAACGCCGCAAAAUACGGUCACCUCGAGUGCCUGAAAUACGCAUGGGAAAAUGGGUGCCCUUGGGACGAGAAUACGUGCGAUGAAGCAGCGGGUAAUGGUCACCUGGAGUGCCUGACUUACGCACGGGAAAACGGGUGCCCCUGGGACGAGGCUACGUGUAACAACGCCGCGUUGAACGGUCACCUGGACUGCCUGAAAUACGCUCGGGAAAACGGGUGCCCCUGGAACCUGAACACAUGCAGAAGUGCCGCGUUGAAAGGUCACCUGGAGUGCCUGACUUACGCACGGGAUAACGGGUGCCCCUGGGACGAGACUACGUGUAGCAACGCCGCGUUGAACGGUCACCUGGUGUGCCUGGCUUACGCACGAGAAAACCAAUGCCCGUGGGACGAGCAAACGUGCAGAAGCGCAGCGUUUAACGGUCACCUGGAGUGUCUGAAAUACGCACGGGAAAACGGGUGCCCGUGGAACGAGGAUACGUGCAACGACGCCGCAGAAAAAGGUCACCUGGAGUGCCUGAAGUACGCACGGGAAAACGGGUGCCCGUGGAAUGAGGACACGUGCAGAAGUGCAGCAUAUAACGGUCACCUGGAGUGCCUGAAGUACGCACGGGAAAACGGGUGCCCGUGGAAUGAUGACACGUGCAGAAGUGCAGCAUAUAACGGUCACCUGGAGUGCCUGAAGUACGCACGGGAAAACGGUUGCCCGUGGAACUGUGACACGUGCAACUACGCAGCGUACAAUGACAAGUUGGACUGUCUGGUGUACGCUUUCGUGGGUGGGUGUGAGUGGGACAUUGUAAAUUUCUUGAAUAAGUCAGGAUACAGCCACUCGAAAUGCGCUGAAUACGCCCGCGAAAUAUUUUCCCGGGACGCCACAAAAUACUGUCACACUCACUGUCUUCUGUACGCACGAGAAAACCAAUGCCCCUGGGAUGAGUGGACGUGCAAAAACGCCGCGUUGAACGGUCACCUGGACUGUCUGAAAUACGCUCGGGAAAACGGGUGUCCCUGGGACGAGCGUACGUGCAGCAACGCCGCGUUGAACGGUCACCUGGACUGCCUGAAAUACGCUCGGGAAAACGGGUGUCCCUGGGACGAGCGUACGUGCAGCAGCGCCGCUUUGAACGGACACAUGGAGUGCCUGACAUACGCACGGGAAAACGGGUGUCUCUGGAAUCCUUUUAUAUAAAGCAAAUGUUUGAUAAUUAAUAUACCUAUUUUUUAAGUUGUACAAUAAAUUUUUUUUUUAAAUGUA